AUCCACUUUAUAAACCUACUUGGUGUCCAAUUUUCACAGCUCCGGCGCAAUUUUAACAGAGAAACUCUAAUUAAGAGGCAACCAUGGGUAUAUCUCGUGACUCAAUCCACAAGAGGCGUGCCACUGGAGGCAAGCAGAAGGGAUGGAGGAAGAAGCGAAAGUACGAGAUGGGAAGGCAGCCAGCCAACACCAAGUUGUCCAGCAACAAGACGGUCAGAAGAAUCCGUGUUCGUGGAGGCAACGUCAAGUGGCGUGCGUUGAGGCUCGAUACUGGUAACUACUCUUGGGGAAGUGAGGCUGUUACCCGCAAGACCAGAGUCCUUGAUGUUGUCUACAAUGCUUCCAACAACGAGCUUGUACGUACAAAGACUCUAGUCAAGAGUGCCAUUGUUCAGGUGGAUGCUGCUCCAUUCAAGCAGUGGUAUCUCCAGCACUAUGGUGUCGAGGUCGGUCGCAAGAAGAAGAAUGCUGCUUCCGCUGCCAAGAAGGAAGCAGAGGAUGGUGAAGAAGCAGCUCCAGCUGCUGCUGCUGCUGCUGCUGCUCCUGAGGAGGUGAAGAAGAGCAACCACGUGCUGAGAAAGAUUGAGAGCCGUCAAGAGGGACGAAGUCUUGAUUCCCACAUUGAGGAGCAGUUUGCGAGCGGUCGUUUGUUGGCUUGCAUCUCAUCAAGGCCCGGCCAGUGCGGACGUGCUGAUGGAUACAUUCUGGAAGGUAAAGAGCUGGAAUUCUACCAGAAGAAGAUCCAGAAGAAGAAGGGAAAGGGUGCUGCUUAAAGCUUGUUCUUUGCCUGAAACCUUUUUGUUUUCUUUAUACAUGCUGUUUUGAGGUUUCAGUUUGUAAUACUGUGUGAGAACUUAUGUUUUCGGAUUAGCUUGAUAUCGUAUUUCUUAGUACUUCCAUCAGUUAUUAUUGAUUUAUUGUACAAUGGUUUGAGAUAUCUAUUUUCAUGGUUUCCCUUUA